GAAUCGAAAAUAUGAAGGAUUUGCUCAUCGCGAUUUUAAUAAAUGUAAUUAUAGUUGUGUCGAAUGUAGUUGCACUUGAAGAGGAUCUUCUUCAUUCGGUGCAAGAUAAUGUUGCCGGUGAUUCUUAUAAAUAUUACAGUUUAAUGUAUGAAGGAAUUGUAAAAAUACAUUUGAUUUCCGAAUCUGGAGACUCAGAUAUUUAUGUUUCGCAAAUAACAGCGAAACCUACUUACGAUCCGAGUAAUUAUUGUUUACAAUCGACAACUUGUGGCGAAGAUAUUAUUUAUAUUCCACAAAGUUUCAAGAGACCUGUUAGCAUUGGAGUUUACGGACAUCCAUCACACGAGAGCAGUCGUUUCACGCUUUCUGUUUUUCAAAUUUUACUAUCCGAAGGGGAAAAUUUUGACGAACAGAGUCCAACGGAAAUUAAAAGAAAAAUGUUGGAAUACGAAACGGAAAUGUUCCUCGAAACACUUCACGAGGAUGGACUCGUCGUUGUUGCCAAGGGACUCUCUUUGGACACGGUUUUUGCGAAUAUAGUUCGCGCCUACUCCGAUCCGAAUUUUUUGGUUUUAGUCCUUGGCACAACGGACCAGGAGGAGAAUUAUUUCCUCGAGAAACUGCUGAGUUUUAAUGUUCAACAAAUGCCAAAAGUAAUAACGUCACAGUGCCUUUCAGAGGAGAGAGAAAGAAUUUAUCUCGAGGGUGGCGUUUUGUUUAUAUCAGGACGAAUCUUAGUUGUGGAUUUGUUAAAGAAACGAGUUCCAUUGCAUUUGGUGUCGGGGAUUUUAGUGUAUCGCGCGCACAAUAUUAUAAAUUCGUAUCAAGAGGCAUUCGCUCUUCGUCUCUAUCGUCAAGUUAACAAGACUGGAUUCAUUAAAGCAUUCACCAGUUCUGCCUUAUCGUUCACCGUUGGAUUUUCUCAAGUUGAACGUGUAAUGAGGACAUUAUUUGUUACAAAAUUGUAUCUUUGGCCUCGGUUUCAUUCCACGGUGAAAAAAUGUCUAUCGAAACGCGAGCCGGAAGUCGUGGAAUUACACGUUUCACUCACACCAAAAAUGUUGAGCAUUCAAACUGCUCUACUCGAUAUUAUGAACUACAUUGUCAAGGAACUGAAGAGAAAUAAUAAAUUUUUAGAACUAGAUGAAUUGACAGUGGAAAAUGCAGUGGCGAAGAAAUUUCACAAAUUCUUGCAACAACAAUUGGAUCCAAUUUGGCAUCAAUUGAGUCAGAAGACGAAAAUUCUAAUUGCCGAUUUGAAAACUCUGCGGUCAUUGCUCAUGUGUUUGACGCACGAGGAUGCUGUCUCAUUUUACGCGAUGCUCAACAAUUUACGGACAAUGGAUUACGCGAUUAAAAGCAGUGGAUGGAUGGUUUUGGAUAUUGUCGAAAGUAUGUUUAAAGCUGCAAAAGCUCGCGUUUACAACGACAAAAAUGAAUUGAAGCCGGAAUUAAAUCCAAAGUGGGAGGCCUUAUCGGAAAUUGUCACGGAAAUUCAUCGGAAUGAUGCGAAGAGUAGAAAAAGCGAUGAUCCGCCGCCGAAAAUUUUAAUUUUAACCCAAGAUUUCACAAUGUGUAAGCAGGUGAAAAAUUUCUUGACUCAAGGUGGCGAAGACUAUUUAGGUAAUUUAGCGAAGAGAAAAUUGAAAUCAAAAAAGAAUUCAUCAUCGAAAAAAACUGAAACUGGAUCGAUAGUGAAGAAAAAAAGAACGGAGAAAAUGUCGGAAAACCCCGAAGAAAUGAAGAACGAUAAUGAUGAAGAUAAUAAUGAUGACGAUGAUGAAAUUGAAGAACAAUUGGAAAGUUACGUUUUAACAUUGUCGCAAAAAAUUACCGAUGAAAUGAAUUCGGAGAAAUUACUUUAUCAAUCACAAUUUGAACAUUGUUCUCAGAUCGCAGAAAUGGAUUUGACGACAAUUACGACGGAAGCUCCGAUUGUCGUCGUUCAGUCUCUGAAAAAAGGUGGUGAUUCAAUGGCUUUGCAAAAAAUUUUAAACGAAAUUGCCCCGAGUUUUGUGGUUUUGUACACAGCUGAUAUUUCCACUGUUCGUCAAUUGGAGAUUUAUCAAAAUAGAAAUGUUUCACUGCAUUUGGUGGUUUAUUUCUUGAUUUACGGCGGAUCAGUUGAAGAACAAGCGUAUCUCACGUCAUUGAGAAGAGAGAAGGACGCUUUUGAAAAAUUAAUCAAAUCUAAAACGACGAUGGUUGUGCCAGUGGAGCAGGACGGAAAAUCCGAGGAUUGUUCGGCGUUUCCGUCAACAUCGUCGGACGAAACAUUGAAUACAAGGCAGGGAGGAAUCGAAGACGAAAAUUCACAAAUAGUUCCGAAAAUUAUCGUUGACAUGAGAGAAUUUCGAAGUGAAUUGCCGGCAAUUUUACACAAACGAGGAAUUGAAAUUGAACCAGUCACGAUUGUUGUCGGAGAUUAUAUUUUAACACCGGAAAUUUGUGUGGAACGAAAAAGUAUUUCGGAUUUAAUUGGAUCCUUAAAUUCGGGGAGAUUGUAUAAUCAGGCAAUUUCAAUGACGCGAUAUUACGCAAAACCUAUGCUUCUAAUCGAAUUCGAUGAAAAUAAACCAUUUUGCUUUCAGGGAAAUUAUUAUGUCAGUAAAGAUAUGAAGAGCUCGGAAAUUACCGCCAAAUUACAAUUGUUGACGAUUCAUUUUCCCCGAUUAAAAUUGGUUUGGUCCCCGAGUCCUAAUGCAACUGCUCAACUUUUCGAGGAACUCAAGAAAGGAAAAGAAGAGCCGGAUGCUGUGAGAGCGGCACAAGUUGGAAUUGAUUCUGAGGGAGACGAAAGAAUUACGGCUGAAAAAUAUAAUUGCAACAUUCAAGAUUUUGUCGCUAAACUACCGGGUGUUAAUACAAAAAAUUUACGCCUCAUUUUAAAUAAAGGACAUUCUCUCGAUCACCUCAUUCAACUAAAUUUGGACGAAUUGGUCGAAUUGGUGGGAAAUAAAAAUGAUGCGCAAUUACUUUACCGAGCACUGCACGAAAAAUUUAAAUCCGAAGCACAACCGUCAACGAGUUCGGGUCUUAAAAAAUUUUCAAAAGUCAAAAAUCGAGGAUUGUUCUUCAAAAGUAAGUAGAAAGGAAUUAAGAAAUAAAAAGAUUCUGUACAAAUUCGAUCUCGUAUUUUAGUAAAAUGUUCUUUUUUGUCAAUUAUGUAAAAAGUAGAAUACUGAUAAUUUAUUGUUUAUAAAAAAGAAAGAAAACUAGUAAUUAGUCGAUUAAAUAAAGUAUUUGUUUGUAAAAUA